GGGCUGGGCUACAUCGGGCGUCGGUGAAACUCCUCCAGCCCCAACCAAUGCUCAGUCUCGCGCUGCGGCACGUUAGCGGCGGGUGUCUGUUGGAAGCGCGCAUCUGAUUCGCCUGCUUUAAUCUGGGAUCCGAGUGUGAACCUCCCAGUCUGCAGGGUGAAAUUGACCGGAGUGUGGCUGGGCCGCUCGAGUCCAGUUCAGCCAUCGGCUCCCUUAAGCCUUGUUGUGAGCGUUCAAGUCAGAUGUAUUAUGGAAAGCCCAGUGGACCUUUGUUUUACUGAAGAAGGAUGUAGCCAUGACAUAGUUCUUGAGAAGCAAGUGUUUAGAUCCAAAGUGCCAGAGUCUCAUGUUCAACUUGCUUGUAAUCUACAUUACUGUGCUUUUCCUUUGAAUGGAAAUGAGCUAUGCAUCUGGAAUACUGGCGAUAGCCCUGCUCAUCAUCAGCCAUUGCACUUGGUAGGACACCACCAUUCAAUCACGGCACUGGCGUUUGGAAGUAAAAUCAAUCCGCUUCUUGUCUGCUCUGCUUCUUGUGACUAUGUGAUAGUAUGGAACCUGGAUGAGUGCACAAAGAAAGCACUACAAGGGUUAAUGCCUCGAGGAAUUGUUAUAGGAACUCUUUUGGGAAUGGUACUUUAUGUACGAUUUAGUCCAGAUGACCAGGCUGUGGCAGUAUGUGCUGGAAAUCGGAUAUAUAUGUUAAAUGCAAAGAAUGAGGCUAUAUUAACUGAGUUGGAAGGCCAUCUGGCUCCAGUGACUGCAGCUGAGUUUUGUACGUGGGAGAGAAAUAUGCUUAUAUCAGUCUCUGAAGACAGAAGCUUUAAGGUUUGGGACUAUUGUACUGGAUUGCUAAUAUACCAGUCAGCAGUGUUAACAGCAUUUCCUUUGCUAAGUCUGUUCAUUGAUGAAGAAAAUAAACAGAUUAUUACAGGAUGUGCUGAUGGGCAGCUUUGGAUCUUCAGUUUGCUCAGUGGACACCAGUACCGUUGUGUGGUACAUAUAAACUUAAAGAAAGAGCGAGAGAAAUUCUACAGCAAAACCGGAAAAUCUAGACAACAGUUAGUUCAAAUCCAGAAGUUUUCUAAGCUGUACAGCACAAAUGACAUGAGAUCAGAAGAAAUAGUGGAAACAACAUUGCCAGUCCUCAGAAUUGAACACUGUGACCAAUCAAUAAAUUUAGGCAAAGAAGAAAAGUUUUUUCCUGCUAUAAAUGCCAGAUGUUUGUGGAUAGGAAGCUCUACUGGUUUGUUCAUAAUUAACUUGGCAAACUUUGAAUUAGAAGCUGUUUUACAUUAUAAAGAUUACAGUGGCCUCACCAUUCAAUUUGCUGGAUCAUGCGCAUUAAUGAGAAAGGCAGUUAAUGGGAAGGUUUUCUGCUUGCUUACUUCGAUGUUUGAAAAUACGAUUGCUUUGCUGGAGAUUAACCUUUCUGCUUUGAUGAGAUCUCAGCAGAGUGAUUUUCUCUUAUGUGGAAAGGAGAAGAGGCUUUCAGUUAUUGCAAGUUGCUCUCUGUGGCCAAAUUCUCCAUUGUGUACUGAGUCUUUCAAGAAGGAAAGCUGCAAACCUACCAAUAAAAAAAAACUUGGUACGAAGAGCACAAUGAAAGACCAGUCACUGGUUUUCCACAGUAAAAUUAAGUCAUCAGGUUACACAACAGCACCACAAAUGACCAUGUUUUCUCCAAAGACUAACUUAAAGAAAAAUAACAAGAUAUCAGAGUGGAAGAGCAGUUGCAAACGAAAAAAUAAAGAAUAUCAAUUGGAAAAUUCUCCUCCAACUAAAUCUGAGAGACAGAUAUCAGUAGCUAAUAAACCAACUUCUAUUUGCUGUAUUCAGUAUUCAGGGGAUGGAGAGCUGUUAGCUUGUGGCCUAGCUGACAAAUCUUUACUGGUAUUCAAUUCCAAUCUGACAGGAACGCCGUCUGUUUUUUCAGGUCAUGAUGGUGCAGUUAACUCUGUUGGCUGGAGUCAUGACAAGAGGUGGUUAGUUUCUGCAUCAGAAGACAGAACAUUAAGGAUCUGGUCAGUCCGCAAUACAGAACCUGCCCUGUUUCUGGACAAGGAGAUGUUCCAUAAAUCUAUACGCUUUGCACAGUUUUAUUACAUAGAUACAUUUAUAUUGCUGUGUUGUGGAGCUGAAUUUCAUCUGUUAAGUUACUAUCUUGACACGAGCAAGGAUGACCUAAAACGAUAUAAACAGAAGAGCAUUUGCAAAUCAGUACAGAAAUUCUCCAUGGCUUCUACUGUGGAGAUUACCAGCCUUUCAGCAAUAAAUGAUUUCUACUCUUAUAUUAUUCUAGCAGCUGGUAGCAACCGAACAUUAGAAGUUUUUGACCUCAAUGCAGGCUGCAGUGCAGCAGUGAUACCAGAUGCUCAUUCUAGAUCAGUCCACCAGAUCUGUCAAAAUAAGAAGUGAGUGAUUUAAUAAACCAAAGAUAAUUUGAAAUUAAUAUAGCCCUCCUUCAGUUCUGUGAGUUAAUAGUUUAG